UGUCGGAAGAAACGACAGUCGCCACUCGACGUCUGCAUCGAACGGAAGGUAGCUGCUCUGUGCGCGAGCCCGUGUAUCCGUUCUUCGAUCCAGAAUAGAAACUGGUUUCAACGUGGAUCAUGAUCCCGAUGAAACCGAUCGCGACGGAUAAACAGCCAUUGAACUGUCGUAGUUCGUACAUUCUAUCACGGAUUCGUGAACGUUGAAAGGAACGCGAAAAAAGGACACUUUCUAUUUUUUACGCGAAUCAUCGUGAACGUAAUAAACGGUGACAAGUAAAAACGAUAUAACAAUCGAGAAACAUUCUUCGAAGUGGCAUCGAUCGUCGGUAAAGGAUCGGUGAUUGAUUUUGGAAUAAAGAACUGGUGAUUGUGGCGGGAACGAGAAGAGGGAUUCGAACGUGGCACGAAUGCCAACCGAAAAAAAGAAGAGCCCGUGAAAGUGUCGGUGCGCGGGACAGAAUCGAGAGGACACGUUUACCAGGGCCGACGAUCGAAUACGAUCUAUCGGUGGAACAGGUGCGAGCCACGUUUCCGUAGCUUGAGAAUCAGGUAGCCCUCGGCUGAAGUUAACCACGAAGAAAGGAGACCGUGUGAAACGAGACGCCUCGACACGAGCAAGGAUGUGACCAGAGAAUAGACAGGGUAACAGGAUUUUUCUCGUGCUAGUGACAAAAGUUCUCUGAAUCGGCCGACUUUUACCUCUAUAAGAAACGCCUCGUGCAUGUGACAGUGAAUUCUUUUUUCUUUCUAUCUCCUUCCACGUGUGUUUCUUCGUUUUCGUACCUGACCAGUACGCAGCUGAUCGUUCUAGUGUUGUAUGAAUCGUAAGAAAAACUGACGCGUAACGGCCGUGUUUGUUGACAUCGGGGAAAAGUGAUUCGCCAGUUUGUAAAUAGACCAGAGAGGGCGCGAACCACGCGAGAAACCAGGAACGAGGAAAAGAUCACGCUCAAUAGACGUUUCAUCAGAUAACGUCGAAAAAGCUGGUUCGAGACAGGAAUUCGAAUGACGAAUCCGAUGUGCCGAGUUUCGAGGGGAAGGUGACGAGCAGGUUUCAGACGAGAAUCUUCAAGAUAGCUCGAACGAAUCCCGCAAGAAACCUGAAAUAAAGCAAACAUGCUUAUGAUAAGCCAGAGACGAAGGCAUCCCCGUUGGAGGAUGCUACUCACCGUCGUUAUUUUAUCCGACCUCGUUAGGCAUUGCGAACCGAUCUCGACGAAACGGUUAACGGACACUUCCGGUUCAUCAUCCUCCUCCUCGUCGUUGUCGUCGCCGACGUUAUCGAGAAGCAGUUCCUCCGAAACGAGAUCUCAGAAUCUUGGCUCACCUAGCGAUCUAGCUUGGCAAGCAUGGCUGCUAUUGGACUCGCAAAACGGAGGACAAUCCAGUUUAGAUUCCGCCACCUUUCUACGACGAAUAACACCGAAAAGUGUUUUCAUCGCGCCUGAACUUCCAGCGUUACCACCUUGCCCGGACGGCUACCACGCGGACACGAUGGGCAGAUGCGUGAAGAGCGUGAACAUAGACCAUCAAGCUCAUCUUGGCUUUCUUCUACAACGAUUGAACACCCGAUACAGCAACCGAGGGGGAAGUUCCGAGUUCCCUUCGCCUAAUAACAAUCCAAAGAAAUCCAGCGGACCGUUGCAAUUAAACAUUCCUCUGUUCUCGCUGGUGGACACCGAGCCGGCUCAGUCGAAUCCUGAGGAAACCAGAGGCUCCUUCAGAUUCCCGAUAGUUGUACCCCCCGAAGAGGAGAUCAAUUCCAACGAAGAGGAAGAACGAUCGAUGGAGAUCGGUACCACUUACGAGACGACGACACCGACGACAACGACCACUCCUGGAACCAGCACGACGUCCGAUCUGACGACCACAUCGGACGCGACCACUUCCGACACCACCAUUUCCGAUACAACCUCUGACGCGACGCCAUCCCAGUCGACGACGUACAGCGACGAUACGAGCACCUACGAUACAACGAUCUACGAAAGCAGCACCUACGAAACUACCGCCUACGAUACGACGUCUUACGAGAACAGCACGGAAAUGGAGAAGGAUGAGACCUCUCCCGAUAGCUUAAACACCACGACCAUUCAAAACGACGUUUAAUCGUGCUACCUUGAUCUUCAUGGGUUCUUUUCAGAAUUUCGAAUUAGCCCUAGUGCCAAUUCGUCUAACGGAGACUCGACGGUUCAAGAGACUCUGAAGUGUCUAACGAGCUGAGCUUGCUUGGUGACCAGAUAAACGUUGACUUUCAUGGUGAAAGUUCUUCAAAGAGAAAUGACCGUUUACGGUAAAAUGUUGAAAAAUUAGGAUUCUGAAAUGAUAUACUGAAUCAUAGAACGAUGGUAGAUGAGGAAAGGGGUAAGACAGUAGAAGAGUGAUCUAGAAAAUACCAAAGUCUUUUACUGUUAGACUUAGAACAGCCUCGGCUUAAUCACCUUGUCCGGCUUAACUUUUGAAAAAGUUUCUUUUACAACUGUCGCUUUAACGAUAUCAUUUACCAGCGCCGUCCGCAUUUGUAAGUCUAUAAUCGAGAAACGUUUGAUUAAUCACACGGCCCACCUUGAACGGAGCGCGUUCAACGUCUGAACUCUUUCGCACGGUGAUACUUGUAUCGUGAUAGACGUACAGAAGGAUACUCGUGUGAUACGGUAUUCAUCUAAUUUUGUAGCUGUGUGUCAGGAAUAUCUCUCGUCUUGGUUAUACGUUUUUGAAGAAAGGCUUUUAUUUCAAAAAUGAAUGAGUUUAAAGUGUUGCCUGUUUGGAAUUUAUAUAAAAGAAUGUUAGAUAAAAAAAAUGGAAUUUCAAGUUAUCUAUCCGCUAUCUUAUACUAUUAGGAUAAUAACACUAAUGGUGAUAGUUAAUUUUCUAAUUACAAAUUUCAAGCUUUCUAUUUGCCACCUUGCAUCAUUAGAAUACUAUUACUAAUAGUAAUAAUUAAUAUUCAAAUUAUAAAUUUCAAAUUUUCUAUUUGUCAUCCUACGUUAUUAGUAUCAUCAUACCAAUUACCAUACUAGUAAUGUAAGGUAGCAAAUAAAAAGUUUGAAAUUUGAAAUUGGAAAAUUAACUAUUUCAUUGUAAACAAAAUAUCUAUGGUACAUGUGUCGCUAUGCGAAAGAGGCUGUUACUGGUACGGGUGUACAUAUACAAUUUGUACAAACACUUAUGAUGUAGUAAUCGUAUAAUAAUGAUUGUGCUAUAUGAUGUAUACUUAAUUCUAAUUUAUGUAUGAGCAUAAUAACAUACAUAAUUGUACAGUAAGGCAUUGUCCUUAAUCACAUAUUACACGUAGUCGAUUAAACUAUAAGCGGCACUGGUCUCUCUGGAAUUCUGCUCUCCAAGAAGCUGAUCCAGAGAUCUUAUCGAUUAUCAAUUCGACGUAUCAAUUCUUAAGGCCUAGAUUCUUUUUUUUUUUCAAUAUAUCGGAAUAUUCAACGAGUAACCAUACAAUUAAAUGCGUAAACAAGCAACCGUGUGUCCGUGUUUAAUAUAGAGAAUAAUAAAUUGCUCGAUGAGAUUAAUUGUAUAAAUUGCUUAGCACAAUACUGUGAUACCGGAGGAAAGCAGGAGACGUGUAAGUAAGUUGCGAAUACAUUGUAGCAAGCGUGUUACGUUAAUUACGAUUAAGUUCUGCCGAAUUGAAUUUCACAUCGCGAGAUAUUAUUAGAGAAUUAUAAUAGGUCGUGUUAUGUAAAAUGUCAAAUUUUUCUAAAGAGGAAUGAAAAUUGUUUCUCAAAUUCUUACGAAUAUUUUAUUCGUCGAAAUAGGUACCAAAUUGUCUUUUGCAUUGGUGCAUUUAGGAUAUCUUUUGGGGUCCCAUAGAAAUUUUGUAAUUUUGAACAUCUGGAAUUUCAGAACCUUAAAAUUUAAAAAUUAUAAUUUUUUAAGACAUAAGCGAAAAGAAAUAAUUUUUUGCA